UGAUGAGCAUUUUUUUGAUCCACCUCAACUUAUAUUCUAUAUGUCUUACCUAAUCAGUGAAAAUGAGGGCAUAAAUUGAAUACUCAAAAUUUUGGGGAGCAGAAAUCCCACUUCCAAUUCGAUUUUAGGGGGAAAAUAAAAGAAAAGAAAAAAUCCCACCUAUACCGUUCGCCCCUACCGGGGCACCCUUUGCUUUCCCUGAUGUUCCCAAAACGCCUUCCGACAAUCAAACAAAUCCAAACGGCGAAUUCCGAAGCACACCACCUUUGACCCGUAGUCCAAGUCUUCCCUCUGUGGAAUAUCCCAUAAAUUUUGUUUAAACUGCCAUGAAAUCAUCUGAAAAGUAUGCUGUGACGUAUGCUUACACCUUCCAGACGUCAUCAGACGACGACGAGGACAUGACGGAGACCGUUACAGACAUGGCAGCAUCAGUGAGGGCGGUGGAGGAACUCCUGAAUUACAAGUUUAAGAACAAGAUGCUUCUAGAAGAAGCUCUGACUCAUUCUUCUUACACUGAUUCGGCAUCUUACCAGCGGCUUGAGUUCAUCGGCGAUGCCGCUCUUGGCUUAGCCGUCUCUAACUACGUGUUCCUGGCUUACCCGGACCUUGAUCCGGGCCAGCUCUCUCUUCUUCGGGCUGCCAAUAUUAGCACCGAGAAGUUAGCUCGUGUUGCCGUCAGACAUGGCCUUCAUAAAUAUGUUCGUCACAAUGCCGCUGCUCUUCACGAUAAAGUGAGAGAUUUUGCAACAGCGGUAGGGCAGGAGGAUGAAACAGAGGUACAUGGAGGGGCAAUUAAGGCUCCAAAGGUUCUUGCUGACAUAGUGGAGUCAGUGGCUGCAGCUGUAUAUGUAGAUUGCGGGUUUGAUCUGCAAGCGUUGUGGGUGAUAUUUAGGGGCUUAUUGGAGCCAAUUGUCACACUUGAUGUACUACAACAUCAGCCUCAACCAGUAACAUUGCUAUUCGAAUUGUGCCAGAAAGAUGGAAAGCAUGUCGAUAUAAGACAUUGGAGAAAAGGGGAAAAAAACAUUGCAAGUGUUUAUGUUGAUGGGCAAUUUGUUGCCUCAGCAUGUUCUGAUCAGAAAGAAAACGCAAAGCUUCAUGCAGCUAAGGCUGCUUUGCAGAAAUUAUCUUACAAAACUAGUGAAAAGAUUGGUAGAGACAUUAUAGGUGAAGUCAAUGGAUCUACCAAGAUUGAAAGUGCAAAACAAAAACUUCAUGAGCUCUGUGGAAGGAAAAGAUGGCCAAAACCAAGCUACAGAAUUGAAAAGGAGAUAGGUCCAGCUCAUGAUAGGCGAUUUAUAUGCUCUGUUCAAAUUGAGAUUGCUGAGGCUGUGCUUUUUGUGAUGGGAGAUGAAAAAUCAAGAGUGAAGAACGCAGAGAACUCUGCAGCUUCUCUGAUGCUACUAGGUCUGCAAGACUCUUGAGUACUAAUGAUGACCUAGGUGUAGAAUCAUGGAAAAUUGUAACCUGCUGUGUUGGUAGACAUUGUAGAAGCUGGAAAAGCAGAACGAUUUUCUUCAUUAGUUCUGUAUUAUUAGUUCAAUAAAUAUUGCAUUUUCUUUUACUUUUGAAUCGAUAAAUGAUCAUUGCUAUGGAUUAAGGUUCUUGUUGUACCAUGAAAACUGGCAUUUUCAACAGGGUCGAUGACUUCCUAACAGGACAAUCUUCAAAGACAUUGCAUCUUACAUGUUGGCAAAUGAAGGCUGGUAGUCCAUGGCUCACUCAGCUGCAACUAUUGCGCUUGUGGCUCUCCCAGAGGGUCGCCCCUACCUUUAAGCAGAAUCAUACAGUAGCUUAGUUUGCUUCCCUUUGUUGCAUCUUUGCUCGAUUUGGUGGGAACUUCUUCCAAUAGAGGAAACCUUCCUCACUUUUAGAUCCAGCACCUUAACAGCAGAAUCAAACUGGACACGAGUUUUGAAGUGGUAAGUUGUUUGUUGAUCACUCCCUUUUUUUCACGGAAGCAGUUUCCCGUGAGGCCACUAUAAGUGAAGAUGCAGCAGGUGUGUCAUGGUCGAAUAGGCAAGCUGGUGGUGUGAUGUUUUUCUGGAAAAUGUGCACUGGUCUAACAUAUUUGAGAAGAUCUCCAUCAUUUUGCUUUACAUAUGGCUGACCAACAGCACUACCAGUUUCCAGAGCUUAGCGAAACAUACCGUCAUUGUCCUCGUGUCAAUCCUGACAGGUAUGUUAGCAGUGCAGAUGUCAAAGCAAAUUGCAAUAUCACAGCAAAGCCUGUGGCUUCCAGCUUGUUGGGAUCUUGUCCUGCUCGCAUUCAGUGAUUAGAAUCAGUUAGUGAAAAUCUGGAGCUAUCUAUUGCUGAAAGAAGAUAUACUGUUCAAUUGGAAAAGAGAAAGAACUCAAUAAUCUUGCUCAGAGGGAUUCCGCCGAGUCGUUUGUUUGUACUAGCGGACGGUCCUCUCUAUUUGUAGGAUUAUGUUGCCUGGACUCGUGUCUUCAUACUCUUCCAUCAACUAGGCUGCUGCUUUGAAUAGGUUGCUGUAAUCUUUGCUGCCCUACUGUUGAAAUUAGUACGCAAAUGAACUCCUCUUUACUGGUAAUAACCUAGAGAUACGUUGAUCCGUGACA